UUUUUGGAGGCCAGCCUCCGGUUGCUAGGGAGGCCAUAUUGGACCGGGGUGAAGUGGGAGCAAAAUCAAGCGCGAAAGUAAAAGAGCCGGAGCAGCUUUUUGUUGUUUGUCAUCUACAAUCUCACACCAUCCUCCCUUAAAAUGGCAGAUGAGAGAGAAGCAGGUGACCAUGAUGCUUCUACAGAGAACGUGAAUGAAGAUGCUAAUCAUGAUCCCCACUUUGAACCAAUUGUCUCUCUCCCUGAGCAAGAGGUGAAAACAUUGGAAGAAGAUGAAGAAGAACUUUUCAGGAUGCGUGCAAAACUCUUUAGAUAUGCCUCUGAGAAUGACCCCCCUGAAUGGAAAGAACGAGGAACUGGGGAUGUGAAGUUGCUGAAGCACAAGGAAAGGGGAACAAUACGCCUCCUCAUGAGAAGAGAUAAAACUCUCAAAAUCUGUGCAAACCAUUAUCUUACACCUUCCAUGGAGCUAAGGCCUAAUGUUGGUAGUGACCGGGCAUGGGUGUGGAAUGCUCCCGCUGACUUUGCAGAUGAGGAACCCAAACCUGAGCUUCUGGCAAUCCGAUUCUUGAAUAAGGAAAAUGCGCAGAAGUUUAAGGCAAAGUUUGAAGAAUGCAAAGAGAAGAUGAAACUAAAGGGUAACAAUGAAAGUGCAGAUAAAGUUGCUGAAAAGCUAGAAGAAUUGUCCGUUAAGGAGGAUAACAAAGAAUCUACCAAAGAGGAAGAACGUGAGAAGAAGGAAGGGACCAGUGAAAAAACUGAAGCAAAUUAAUUAAUCCUGGUCCUUGUUUUCCCUUUCCUUUUUUUUACAGCAGACUGUAAUGAACUGGGUUUGGACACAGGUGAGCCCUUUACCAGGCUCUUGCCCUGUGGUCCCAAAUUGGUUAUGAAGACACAGUACCUUCAGAGAAAGUCAUUCCUCAGUCAUCAACCACCAUUAAUGUGCUAAUGUAUUCCUCGGUGAAAAUUUUUGGAGUGUUAACUACUGCCUUAUCUAUUUACAGUCUUCUGAGAGGAUAAUUUAAAUCUAUUGCUUUAAUUCCUGAAAAUUGGUGACCAUAACAUGCUUUACAGUGUAUGACUGACUUUAAAAAAAAAAAAAUUUGUUUUGUGAAUGAGACUUAAUGUCAGAAUUCCCGCAUCGGGUAGCAGAUGGUUUAUAACCAAAUAAAAUUCAGUUAAGUUGUACAUGGA